AUGGGUUUUAGGAAGGUAGUAGAAUUGGUUAUUGUAUUUGCACUACUUAUGGUUCAUAAUGCCAUUGCUGCUCCUGAAUCUGAUCUUAUAGAGAAGUUGCCUGGCCAAAGAGAGAAAGUUUCCUUCAAGCAGUAUGGUGGGUACAUUACAACUAAUGAAGAGCAUGGUAGAGCAUUGUAUUAUUACUUUGUAGAGGCCCAGACCAAUGUUACAUCUAGGCCCCUCGCCUUGUGGUUCAAUGGAGGGCCUGGAUGCUCAUCACUUGGAUAUGGAGCAUUGAAGGAGAAUGGCCCUUUCAAAUUCAAUGGCAAAGGUUGGGAGGAAAACAAGUUUUCUUGGAAUACAGUGACAAACAUGCUUUAUGUAGAGAGCCCAAUUGGAGUGGGAUUUUCUUAUUCAAAUACAACUUCAGAUUAUCAUUUGUUUAAUGACACUUUGACUGCCCAAGAUAAUUUGGCAUUCCUUUUGAAUUGGUUCAAUAAAUUUUCAGAAUUUAGAGAUGUAGACUUUUACAUAACAGGAGAGAGUUAUGGAGGGCAUUAUAUACCUCAAUUGGCAACCCUUGUUCUAGAUUACAACAAAAAGUCGAGCGUAACUCCUAUCAACCUAAAGGGAAUUAUUAUUGGAAAUCCCUAUGUUGACAUAGAGAUUAGUAUAAAUAAUGGAGAAUUUCAAUGGUCACAUGGGUUGAUUUCAGAUGAAACCUAUCGAUUGACUCAAACUAUUUGCAACAAUUCUAGAUUGUGGAUAGAGAGUUUUGUUGAACAAAAUACAUCUGAAGCUUGUAAUAAUGUAUUCAACAAAGUGGGUGGAGAAAUUGGAAAUAUUGAUUAUUAUGAUGUUAUCUUAGGUAUUUGUUUAGAUGAGAAUAAAUCUUCUUCACAAUUGUCCAAGCUUCAAAAAGGAGUUCGAUCAAAGAUUAUUCAAAAGAAUCUAGAAGUUGUAAACGAAAUCAACCUUUGUGCUAACAACGACAUAUUUACAUACCUUAACACAAAUGAGGUGCAGAAGGAAAUUCAUGCAAGUAGAAGUAAUGAUACUUACUCAUGGAGCUUGUGUGAUGGGCCUUUGAAUUAUGAUGAAAGGAAUAGGGGAAUCAACAUCAUCCCUCUUCUCAGUAAACUUCUAAAUUAUGAUCUUCCAAUUAUGCUUUUCAGUGGAGAUCAAGAUUCUAUUGUCCCAUUUACUGCAACAAGAACAAUUGCUAAUAUUAUAGCUAAGCAAUCAAAACUAUUCCCAAUCAACACAUAUGGUACUUGGUAUGCCAAUAAACAGGUGGCAGGAUGGACUCAAUCUUAUGGGCACAUAGUGAAUGGAAAGAAUCAAACUAUUCUAACGUUUGCAUCAGUGAGGGGUGGAUCACAUUUGGUGCCAUAUACUUCUCCAUCUGAAGCACUAACUUUGUUUAAAGCUUUCAUUGGAGGACUAUCUUUGCCUACUAAUUGA